AUGAAGCACCGCCGUCUUCUAGAAUCGAAAACGGUGAAGUUGUCGAGUAUUCGUCAAGGCUUGGCCUUGAUCGCCCGGACAUGCACGUCGUUACAGGACAUGGUCUUCGUUGAGCUUCCUCGCGGCAACUUCGAAAAGAACACGAAGCUACCCGACACUACAGGUCCGGUAAGGCAGAAAGUGCCAGAGCUGAUCUACGAGAGGGGCCUCAACAUCCUGGCCGUGCUUCGCGAGAUGGAGAAACUGGAGUUCUGCUACGCGAAGAUUGCUCCGAGCUGCAAAGCAGGUGUGGAUGAACGAAUCAUGGGUAUACAGCACUGGCUAUCCACGUGA